UGGCGUGUGUGUGUGUGUGUGUGUGUGUGUGUGUGUGUGUGAUGUAGAUUAAACAUGACUGGGCCAAAACGGACAUGGCAGCAAGUCAAAAUCAAAUACAAGAACAUUCUGCAGAAUGCAGUGAAAAAGAAUACCCACAAACAAGGCACGGGUGGUGGGUCACCAAAAGCUGACCUCACCCCAGCAGAGGACAUGGCCUUGGAGCUUAAUAAAGGCAGGCCUGUGUUGGAGGGGAUCCCUGGGGGGAAAGAGACAAGCAUAGGUCCCUCCCAAGAUGCCACCCGCUUCAUACAAGUGUCUGGCAGCACUGUGUUCCUGUUGGAGCCACCAGCACAAGCACCAGACAAUGCUGAUCCAGGUGAAGGCCCCAGUGCAGCAGCAACAGAACAUGAUGGCGAUGAUGAUGGUGAGGAGACCAUCUCUCUGGAUUCCAGAAGGCAUGAGGACCCAGAUGCUGUACAGUGGGAAAGCCAGCCUGGCAACAUAAGCUCACAAACUAUCAGACGGUUGUAUGGAAACCACCUCCGGCGCCAAAUAGAACUGGCAGAUAUAGACAUCCAGUACAAGAAAAAAAAGAUGGAAAAUCUUGCACUGGAGUCUGAAAUAAAAAAGAGGACAAUUAGGAAACUGGACCUUGAAAUAAAAAAACGUGAGCGGGAGCUCCAAGAAGAUGACACAUCUUAAAAUAAAAAAAAUAAGGUCAAUUCUCGUCAAGUGAGCCAUGACAUAUGAGCUCCCAUUGUGAGCGCACAGGACCAGUGACAUCUUUAGUAGGUUAUAAUUUUUUUCCCCAGCAAUCAGUACAAAUAAGCAUCGGUAUAAGGCACCGCCCUCUUUUCCCCACCCAACCAGCGCCAGGU